AUGGCCGAAACGGCCCCCGCCAUCGAGCACUUCCGCUCCAAUCAAUGGGCAAACAACCUCCUCUCCUCCGAGGACUACACCCCCAUCCCAACAGACUCACGCCGCUUCAAGACCUCCUCCGGCGAAGAUGGGUUCUUUUCCAAAACACUGGCUACGCCCACUACCAUCCCACACGUGCUGACCCUGCAACGGCGCACCAUUGCCCCCCCACAGUCAGAAGCCCCGACCUGGCUCCCCGCAACCAAGGAAGACGCCGCCGGGAAGAAGCCCACGCCGGGCACAACACCAGCGGAUAUUAUUAUGCUCUAUGAUCUCGCGAGUCCAGGUCUUUCGGGACACCCAUCCACUGUGCAUGGUGGCAUUGUCGCAACCCUGAUUGACGAGGCAAUGUCUCUCGCUGUCGCGUCGCAUACCUCGCCCUCGGGAUCUGCCGAUUCCCCGCCAUCGGAAACUUCGGCUUGGGAAGAUAAUCCUCGCGGGAAGAUCUUCACGGUGCAGCUGGAUGUGCGAUACCGUAAGCGUGUGACUAACCCGGCUUUGCUGGUUGUUCGGGCGAGGGUUGUUGCGCGCGUUGGGAGGAAGUUCUGGGUUCGGGCGCAGGCGCUACAAGAGGAUGAGGAGGGUGCCGGCGGGCAUCUUGAGUGGGCUAAGAGGAAGGUUGUCAAGGCAGAUGCUAUGGCUUUCUGGAUUGUUGUUCCUGAUGAGAAUCUGUGA